AUGUCGCAAAAUGGUCUCGCGUUCAACUGCGCCGUCAUCACCGGGGGAGGCGGCGGUAUCGGCCGUGCACUAGCCGAGUACUUGAUCUCCAAGGGCAAAAAAGUUCUUCUCGCUGGACGAACUGAAUCGAACCUCAAAUCCACUACUCAAGAAAUCGGUGCUGCGGGCGAACAUCCUGAGCUCGACUGUCUCAUCAACAACGCUGGUGUCCAGCGCCCCAUUGACGUUUUGAAGAACGACGAUUUCCUCGAAAAGGCAGACCAGGAAAUUGACAUCAACAUUCGCGGACCGAUGCAUCUUUCCUUCGCCUUGAUCCCUCACUUCAAGACCAAGCCCAACGCGCUCAUCGUCAACAUAACCAGCGGUCUAGCCUACAUUCCCUUCUCGGUCAUCAACCCCGUAUACAAUGGCACCAAAGCCUGGCUGCACUUCUUCUCGAUGAACCUGCGUACUCAACUCAAGAACACCAAGAUUCGCGUCGUUGAGAUUGCUCCGCCGAUGGUGGAGUCGAACCUUCAUCGAGAGAGGGAGAACCCUGAUGAUAACAAGAAGGAACAUGCGCCGCAUACGUUGACGAUGGAGGAGUUUAUGGGAGAGAUUGUGCCCAAGUUUGAGAAGGGUGAUGAUACAAUUGGGGCGGGCAUGGCGGCUAAGGCUAUCGAUACGUGGUAUGGGGCCUUUGGAGGGUUGUAUGAAGGUGCUGCCAAAUCAUAUAUUUAG